AUUUAGUGAUAUUUGGCAGAAUAGCUCUUUAAUAUCUCUUUAUUCAUUAAUUGCACAAAUCUGAAAUUGGUCAAGAUGCCAAUCGGACGUUUUGCCUGCUAGCAUUCCGUAAAUUAGAAAUUCAGACAAAGUAUUUCUAGAGCCCUGUAGUUUAAAAAUUGCCUCAGUUGGUUGUGAACGGUUGUCAAAACAGAUGCUUCGUACUAUUCACUCACAAUCUGUGAAGAGACUCGGUACAUUCAAAAGUAUUCGAAAGAAGUGCGGACUUGUCUGAGCAGACGGUAUGGGCAACACAGGUGGGAAACGAGAAGGUAAAGAUGGCUUGCCGAUGUCGCCAAGCAAGGAGACGCCAACAUUUGACUUUGAUCCGCGGAGUCGGAGAAACAAACUAUUCCAGCAGUUAUCAUUGGAAGAUGGUGAAUACCAAUCAUCCUCCUUCAAGGACUUCAGUUCUAAGCCAGGUUAUUCAAGACCAAGAGCAAGUACGAUAGUGGAACAGCCUGUUGUUAAUCUAAAAGCACUGCCGACAGUGUUUCAUUGGAAUGGUGGAGGAAAGAAUGUGUUCCUAUCAGGAAGCUUCAACCAAUGGAAAUCUAAGAUACCAAUGUCCAAAAGCACUGGAGAUUUUGUUGCGAUUGUGGAGCUUCCAGAGGGCAAGCAUGAAUACAAGUUCCAUGUGGAUGGUCAAUGGGUACAUGAUCCAAAUCAGCCCACUGUAAACAGUAAUGGUGGCACACUGAACAACCUCAUCAAUGUGAUGAAGUCCGAUUUUGAAGUGUUUGAAGCUUUAGCUAUUGACUCCAUCAACAGUAGUAAUACUGCUAAUCAGAACAUUAUGAAAGGAGAAAGUAGUUCACCCCCUGGUGAUUAUAGUCAAGAAAUUCCAAAAAGGAUUUCUCCCGAGAAGUCUGGCGGUCCACCUAUUCUUCCACCACAUCUUCUGCAGGUGAUGUUGAAUAAAGACACAGGCCUACAGUAUGAUCCAUCAUUGCUUCCUGAACCAAACCAUGUGAUGUUAAAUCACCUGUAUGCAUUGUCAAUCAAGGAUGGUGUUAUGGUUUUAAGUGCAACUCAUCGUUACCGCAAGAAAUAUGUAACAACCGUAAUGUACAAACCCAUUUAAACCACUGGAAAGUGCCUUAAUGCACUUUAUAAGUACUAAAUAUGAUUUAAUUUUGUAGUUAAUUAUUACUUAGGUGUGCCAAAUUUAUCAAUAACCUAUCUGCCAUUGUUUUGUGUAUAAAUGAGAUGUUUGUUGAUAGAUGUAAGCCGAACAUACAGUAUGCUAUUUCAUUUUUGUCUGUCAGACUUGAAGAAGUUUGGUUAGAUUUUUUUCGUAAGUUCUGUCCGUACUAUCAAAUUUUCUUGUAAAAACAACAGUUGUAUGCCCAAAUAUAGUCAUAAUGUACCUAUAUAUGGUCAUGAUGUGAUGUCAUCAUGACCAUAUUUAGGCAUGUUACAUGUUUGUUUUUGUCAAGUAAAAUUGUAUAGUCUGGACAGGGCUUAACAUGGAAAGACACCUGAUUUAAUAAAGUUUGAUCAAACAUUUUUUUGAGUUUGUCAGAAAAAAAAUUGAAAGUGUGUGCCUGGGAAAGAGAGAGCGAGGGAGAAAAAAAGAAAUAUGAACUUAUGUUGAGGUUUAUGAGUUAGAUUUUUGUUUUGAUAAGCACAUUUAAGAUGGAUGGUAGGGACGUAGUUAAGUGCAUGAUCUUUAUAGUGCAAAAUGAUUUAAAUGUAAACCAAAGAGUGGACUAAGUACAACAAUAAUUAUAAUCCUCCAAUUAGUUAAUUAAUAUGCCACAGAGCCACUAUCUCUCUAUUCAUCCACUUUUGUGCAUCUAGCUAUAUUUGGCUAUUUAACCCAAUUCUGCAGGUGAGCCUGUUUUUGAAGUUGACUAAAAUUCAUUAAUGCUGGCAUAUUUUGGGAUUUUGUUAAGGGGUGAUUGUAGAAGGAGAGUAUGGGAGAGGGGUUUUUAGUGAAGUGAAGCAUGAAAAUUAUCAAAAAUAUAUAAUAAAACAUAUAUAAUGUGUAAUACAGAAAGUAUAAAAAUCUGAAGAAGAUCAUCACCUUCAUCUCACAAGUUAUGGUGUCUGAAUAAUAAGAUUAACAAGUCUUUAUGUUUAGAAAAAAUUCUUAGAAUAUUAUUUGAUGAAUCAUGGUUCAAAGCCAGACUCCAGAGGAAAAAUCAAUUUUGAUAUGUUAUAUAAUUAUUUUUUCUAUGACACAAAAAGUGUGUUUGGCGAAAAAAUUAGGAAUGGUUAAUGAGAUACAGAUCAUUGAAUACUUAGAAACUGGCAGAAAUAUGUGGUAAAAAGGGUGAUUAUGCCCUUUUUAUUCCCCCAGUUUUCAAAUAUUCAAAAAAUCUGUAUAUCAUUAACCGUUCCCAAGUUCUUUUGACAAAGACCCUAUUUGAGUCUUUAAAAAAAUCGGUUGUGCAACAACAUAUCAAACAUUUUUUUUCUUCAGAGCCUGGCUUGAAAUGGUGAUGUUGGACAGGUAUCAUGGAUUGGUACACACUGUGUUUCACGUACAAACCUUGUCCUGAAUUUAUUGAAAUCUUACAGCCUAAGUUAUACUCACUGUUUUUUUUUUUUUUUGGGGUUUUUUUCUGACAUUGGCUGAUUUAAAUAAAUUGGCUGAUUGUUCAUGCUCUUCCAACAGUAUAAAAAACACAAACUUACAAAUUAAAAUUCAAGUAAAGACAUAAUCUCUGUGUUAACCAAAUAAACUUACAAAAAUGUUAUUAAAUAUUUAUAUUUCCUAAUUUGCAUAUUUAAGUAGGUGAUUAACUUUCAGUUGAAAAUUUGAAUGAGAAAGUCUCAAAAAUAACAAAAAAAAGUCUUAUUGAAAGUUUAUAACUUAUUUGAUUCUUGUACAUCGCUGGCGACAGCUCAAGGGGGGCCUGGUGGGCCGCCGAACAAUUUUAGUAAGUGGGCCAGCCCUCCUGGAGGCCCCAUUAAUAAUUUGUCAAAAAAUUGUUUGAAAGUUGAUUUUGAGAAACAGCAGGCAGACUUUAAGCGAAGCAUCGAGCACCGGUUGGCUGUUGUUAAUCUCAUUUUUGGUCGCAAAGUAUUAUAAUAGCUUCCAUAAAGAAAACAUCACCAAAUUAGUCUCCGGAAUGUAAAAGAUACAAUUUUUUUUACCCUGGACCCAAACCGGAUGAAAUUAUACAUAUUUUUUUCUGCAAAAAUAUCAUACUACAUAAAACAUUUGCAAGAUUUGGUAUGUUCUCCAAAUAAUUAUAUAUUUCCCAAACAAAUGAAUCAAAACUCUAUAGUGAAGUUGGUAAUUUGUUUUGUUUAUGAUAUUUAUUGACAGUUUAGAUGGAUUCAUUGAUAAUUGUGCGUAUUGCAUAAUUAUUUUGAUGUGAUUGUCCACGGUGAUUAUAAGAAUACUAUUAUAAGUAUAUAACUGCCAUUGUUGAUGUAAGUAGAUCUGCCUCUGUUGAUAUUAAUGAACCAUCUUGUAUUUUCAUCUGUGCAUGCCUAUGUCAAAGGUCAAGGAAUUGUAAAGUAAAAAAAUACUCGAGCCUUGACAAUCAACAUACCCAUUUGCGACUGAAAAUAUGAUAUGGCUUGUUUCAGAAGAUUAUGGUAGUACAGUAUAUAAAAUCCCUAGUUGUUGCCAGAAUAUGCUGUAUUUCAUUGCCCAAUUUUCCAAUGGUAAAUCUUCAACAUGUUUAUUGGUCAAUAAAGCUUAUACUCUGGUGGGUUAAAUGAAGAUUUAAGAGAAUUUAAAGGAAAAUAAUGGUGUAGAUAAAGUAGAAAUAAUCUGUUGUGUAAUUAAUGUACUAAGAAUAAGGUUUAUAUCAAAUUGUUCAGGUAUGAAAGAUAAGCAAAUAUGAGGGUUCUAUUCUUCCUGUGUAAAGCCGUAAUUGAGUGCCAAACUACUAAUUGGCACAAGUAAAAAUGGUAGUGUUUUGAACAGGUUCCAAAGGGUGCACAAGCGGCAUUAAUUGAGGGCGGUGUUUUCUUGAGCUCUGGUUAUUGUAAAUAAUGUACAAAAGUAUAGGGAGGAAAAUGAAUUAUGUAAAGUCCUGUGUUUGGUUUAUAAAGUGGGAAAAUAAAAGCUUUGAUGUUGUAAAGUGUAA